AUGGAGAACUUGGCCCGCCCCGGUACGAAGAGGCCACUCAAGGCGCGUCAUCCCCCGACCUCUAGCGGACGUGAAAUCCGAAAUCGAUCCCAGAAGAGAAUCCUUGCAAUCCCAGACUUCUAUGAGCUCGUGUACCCAGCGGUACAAGAGGAUGAACCCAGCGCCGAAUUCCGAACAGCCGCCAUGGCAGCGUCUGCUGCUUUCCAGCCCGACGGCCGGUUCCAAGUAUCGAUCGACGUUCCGUCUGGGAGGCUGCCCAAGGAUUAUGCCACACCUAUUAAUGAACCUGGGUCGAUUUGUCGAGGUAUCUCCCGUGAUGUUCAGCCCUACUUGGCAUUAGGCAAACAACUUCGUCGGCAUGGACACACCGUGCGGCUCACUACUCACGAAACCUUCCGUCAGUCUGUCAAGGACGCUGGAUUGCGAUUCUUCAAUAUCGGAGGAAACCCACAUGAGUUGAUGAGUUACAUGGUCCGCAACCCCGGUCUGAUGCCUGGUUUCGAGAGCUUGACAAACGGAGAUAUAACGAGGAAGCAGAUGAUGGUUGCUGAAAUGCUGGAACGGUGCUGGCGCUCCUGUUAUGAGCCUGAUGAUGCCACAGAAGGAAGCCUUAGUUUCGCAGCAGAUGCAAUAAUUUCCAAUCCACCUACAUUUGCGCAUAUCCAUUGUGCAGAGGCGCUAGGAAUUCCGUUGUUAAUGUCUUUCACGACGAAUGAAGCGAUGCCAUGGUGUCCAACUACGGCCUUCCCCCACCCUCUCGUAAAUGUGCGAAGCAGUCAAGCUGAACCUCGAAUCACGAAUUAUUUGACUUAUGGCUUGGCGGACGCAAUGACUUGGCAGGGUCUGGGCCACACGAUCAAUAAAUUCCGGCGCAAACGUCUAGGUUUACCGUCCCUCUCGGUAUUAUCCGGCUCUGGAAUUAUCGAACGCUGCGGUGUACCAUGGACAUAUUGUAUGUCCCCAGCGUUGGUUCCUAAGCCUCAGGACUGGGUCAAUCAUAUCGAUGUUGUCGGUUUCUAUUUCCUCGACUUGGCAACAGAGUAUACUCCUCCCGACGAUUUAAUCAAGUUCCUUGACGCGGGUGAACCUCCUAUCUAUAUAGGAUUUGGUUCGAUAGUAGUCGAAAAUCCAGUUGAAGUGACCAGGUGGGGCAGCCUCGACAAUGCUACUCUUCAAGAUGCCCGAAACCCAAACAUAUUCAUUCUCGGAAACGUCCCGCACGACUGGUUAUUCGAGCGUGUAAGCGCGGUCGUCCAUCACGGCGGAGCAGGGACGGCCGCGAUCGGACUGCGAUGCGGUAAACCGACGAUCGUUGUCCCGUUCUUCGGAGACCAGCCGUGGUGGGGAGACCAGGUACAUGCGCGCGGAGCCGGACCAGCGCCUAUCCCGCACAAAAAGCUCACGACUCCUGCGCUCGUGGGCGCGAUCAAGAGUGCAUUGUCCGAUGAGACGAAGGCUGCCGCACAGAGAGUUGGCCAGAUGAUCAGGGCCGAGAAUGGCGUUAAAAAUGGGGUGGAUUCGUUUCAUAAGCAUUUACCCCUGCUCGAUAUGCGGUGUGAUCUAGAUCCCAAGCGAGUAGCCGUCUGGUAUUCUCGUUCGCACAAGUUACGGUUAAGUGCGUUUGCGGCCCAGGUUUUGGCCGAAAAGGGAAUAUUGGAUGUGAACAAACUCGAGCUUCAUCGUCCGCGAGAGUACAUAACCCGUGUCCAACCCUCGGAUCCGAUUUCGGGUACGCUUGGCCCGACUUUAGGUGUAGUAGGAGACGUUCUGGGUGGUGUUGGAGGACUAUUUACUCCCCGUCCCGAAAAGGGAGUGAUUAAACUUGUUAGAGCUGCCCCGGAAGGUGUUCGAGGAAUCCUCGAAGGCCUUCACCAUGGUAUGAAUAAUGCUCCCAAAAUCUACGGAGGUAGCGUCCGCGAUCCCGGGAAGGUUACUGGAUUCAGAAGUGGGAUCAGGGAGGGACGCAAGAGUGUCGCUAUGGGAUUUUAUGAUGGUCUUACAGAUAUAGUGAGGGAGCCUGUGGACGGGUUUAAAAAACAUGGAGUAAUCGGUGGCGCAGGAGGUCUCAUCAUUGGCUUAACUAAUGCCGUUGUUAAACCUACUGCUGGAGUGAUAGGAUUGCUUUCUCAACCAGUUGAAGGACGAUCCAAAGCGUUCGCUCUUCAAUGGCAAAACCCGCCAAAGAACGUCAUGCACGCGUAG